AUGGCUUGUAAUUUAUCGCCGGUCAAUGAAAUGGCCGAUUCGGUGACAAGCAGUACGCCAAGUGAGGUGAGCUUGAAUUUUUGAUUUUCGGAGAGAAAAAUAAACCUGACCUCUAAAAAUAGAAAACUUUACUUUAUCAUUUUUGUCAAUCAAAACAUUUUUUCUUCUGUUUGCGUGUGUGUCGCAUAAAAAACAGAUAGAAAAAUAUCGAUUUUUGUGCCCUAAUGCAAAACAGUAAAUUAUGGCAGAUUGUUUAUGGCGGAAGUGGUUCACCAACUGAAGAACAUCGAACAAUGUCGGAUAAAGUGCAAAAUAUGGCGUCUUCUAUUUAUCGAGAAUUGGAAGUUAUGAUUAAAGAACAUGGAGAAGAUGGUGUGAAGGUUGGUUUGUUUUGAAAAAUUCAGAAUUUUUGGACAAGAAAUUUUUCUGGUUUUAGAUCUUAUUCAAAAUUUAAAGAUUGGGAUAAAUUAUUCCCGAAAUUUUCAAGCUCAUAAAAACCGACUCAUUCAAAAUCUCGGCUCACAAAAUUUUGUGGGAAAAUCAGGAUGAUCUUAAAUUUUCAGUAUAAUUUAAAGUUUUUAAAAAUUUAAAAUUUCAAAAUUAUUUUUAAAAAAAACCCGGAACUUCAGAAAAUACGCUCCACCGAAAAUGUAUUCAAAAUUCCCUAGAAAAAUAACUUUUCCAUAGAGCGUAUUUGCUAUUUCUAAUUCUCCCUCAAUCUCCUACAAAAUUCAAUUUUACACAACACAAAAUAUCUAUUUUGUGUAAAUCAAUUAAUCAUAAAUAAAUAUUAAACUUUUUGUUUUGAUAACAAAAGUUCAUCAUUUAUGCAAAUCUUCUCUUUUUAAAAAUAAAAAACACCAUUCAUAAAUAUUUCUAUUUUCAUAGACUCUCAUGCCGUUGGUUGUAAAUGUAUUGGAAUCCUUGGAUUUGGCGUAUUUGGAAAGAGAUGAACAAAUUGCUGAACUCGAAAUGUUGAAAGAGGAUAAUGAGCAAUUGCAAACACAAUAUGAAAGAGAAAAACAGUUGAGGAAACAGAUUGAGCAGGUAGUUUUUUUAUAAAUCGAUAAAUUUUCACUCAUUUUAAUUUAUUUUUUUCAGAAAUACAUUGAGAUUGAGGAUACUUUAAUUGGCCAAAACAAAGAAUUGGACAAAAAGAUUGAAUCUUUGGAAUCGAUUAUGAGAAUGUUGGAAUUGAAAGCCAAAAAUGCGACAGAUCAUGCAACUCGGCUAGAAGAACGAGAAGCUGAACAAAAAUUGGAAUUUGAUCGGUUGCAUGAGAGGUCUGUUUUAUUUUAUUCAAAACAUAUUUUUCAAAAAAAUCAAUACACAUCAAUUCCAGAUAUAAUACACUUCUCCGCACACAUGUCGAUCACAUGGAAAGAACAAAAUAUUUGAUGGGAAGCGAAAAAUUCGAACUUAUGCAAAAUAUGCCAUUACCAAAUGCACAACUAAGAAACAAGUGAGUUUCUUUUUUUACAGAAUUUUCCAGAAUUUCAGAAAACAUUGUGUAUUUAGUAUUUUUAUUGAUUAAUUAGUUGUGUUUGUUAAUUGUUGUUUGUAGUUGGUUUCCAAUCUCACAUCGCUUACAUAAAAGUGAAGAUUAUUCGUUGUGAGUUUUUUAUUGAUUGAUUUUGGUUUUUUGACUAAUUUUUAAUGGAGCAUGGCUUUUUAGUUUGAAUAUAGUUUUGAUGUGUGGGUGUUCAGUUUAAAAGCACUUUUUCUUCAAAAUCGACACGUGGCGAAGGAUUUGGUUUUUUUUGUAAAAUUUUGGAAAUUUGAAAAGGAAAACUUUUUCUGGUUGAAAAAUGAGAAUUUUGAAAAUUUUCGCUUUUUUCCAACCAAAUCCAAACAAGUUCCCGUUUUCAAUUUUCUAAAAAUUAAAAUUAAUUGUGUUUAACCCACUUCUUUUUUCUAUGGGGAAUCACGGAUUUUUCCACAUUUCUUUCAGUUAAAAUAUUUUGAUUUUUUUCAGAGUUGGUCUUGGAAUGGCAACAUCAGUAGAUGCUUCAACAAUUCGAGGAGUUUCUGAUUUGAUUUCAGCGCAUAUGUCACAAUCUACAACUAUGGAUGUCAAUUUGGCAAAUCAUAUUAAUAAUGAAGGUAAGAAUUUUAAAUUUUGAUGAAUUUUUGAGUUUGGAAAAUGACCUAGGAAUUUCUCCCAUUUUCCGAAUUUCUAAAAAAAAAUUGUUCAGAUUGGCAAGACGAAUUUUCAUCGGACAUCGAACCAUCUCCACGUGAUCCACCACCACAAAAUGAAUUGGCCAAAUUGGCAUCAACACCGAUUUCAUCUUCAACACCAAAACAAAUUGCACAAAAUAGUGAAAUAUCUUCACCAAUCCGAAAAGAAAUUGAAGAAGAUGAUGAUGAAGAAGAAGAAACGACUGAACAACCAAAAGAAUCUGGAGACAUUUUGACAGCCGAUUUGACAGGUAUUAUUUCAAGAUAUAAGAUUUAUGAGGCUCUGUGGAGGAACUUGGGCUUUUUGAGGAGAUUGAAGUCCAAAAAUUGGAUUUUGGAAGGUUUCGAAAAUUUUCUAUGAAAUACACACGUUGAUCUAUAAUUUUUUGCCCCAAAAAAUAAUAUUCUUGGCAUUUUUUGAAAGAUGACUAUAUUUCAAUUUGAACGUUUUAAUUUUUUUAACAAUUUCAAAUUGCCACGUCAUUCAAAAAAAAAAAAUAACGAACCAACUUCUACAAAUGAAUUCAGACUUUCAUCCUCCCUUCAAAAAUCCCUAUUUUCUGUACAGAGCCAAAAUGUUGUCUGUCCACACCUCCACAAAAAUCCGAAAAUUUGAAAACUAAUUGGGUGGUGUUCUAUUCUUCUUUUUCCUUCUAACAUUUCGGGGAUUUCUCCCUUUUUGCACCAAUUUUCUUUCACGACACUUUUCACAACAACAUGUUUAGGGAAUUUGGUGGAUCCGGCCGAAUUUGCGUCAGCUGGUUAGUUUAGGUGUUGUAAAUAUGUAUAUCGAAUGGAUUUCUGCUUUUUCAUCGUGUGUGGUCUGCUUUUUUGGCAUGUUUUGUGUGCCUUUUUAGAUUUAGAAACGUUGGGAAUAAUUUACUUUUGGAAAAAAAGUUCACGUAUGAACUCGCUCAACGUUUCAUAAUGAAAUUUUUGAAUGAAAAUCUUCUGGCUCCAGAUGUCACUUGGAAAAUUUCAAAAUUUUUAAAAAUCACUAUUUCUUAUUUUUGGUCCUAAUUUUCCCGGGAACUUCUCAUUAUUAGUAAAACUGCAUUUUUCCACUUUUUCUUUCACGCACAAUCUUUUCCCCAGCACAAAAUUUUAUUUUUCAAAUUUUCCCGAAAAAAUUGUUCAGAAAAUCUGUAGUGAUUGUGUUUUGUGUUUUUGACAGAUACAAUACUAGAUGAUUCGGAUGAUUGGAACAGUUUGGGACUUCCGCCACCAAAAUAUCGACCGAUUUCGAAUUUCGACGAAGCUGAUGACACUUCCGAUGAUGGUUCACUUGGUAGGAGAUUUUUAGUUUUGAGUUAAAUAAUUUUUGGUUAAUAUAUAUGUAGUUAAUUUUGGCUGGGUUAUUUUUUCUUGGUUGCAUGAAGCAUGUGCACUUUUUUCUAUCUCUAUCUUUCUUAUGAUGAAAAUUAAAAAAAUUUAAGACUAACAUUUCUUUUUUACAGUUAAUGAUACAUUUAUUGGUGAGUUUAAUAAGUGUAGUUUUGUGAUUUUAUUUUAUUUUUUAAAGAAACAUACUGAUUUUUGGGAGCAUGGUUGGACCUGAAUAGAUCCAUAAAAUUUCAAUUUCCAAGUGAUUUUUUAUUAAAAAAAAAUUCAAACGUUUUUCUAGGAAUGGGACGAGAAGUUGAAAACUUGAUAAAAGAGAAUUCGGAAUUGUUGGACAUGAAAAAUGCAUUAAAUAUAGUCAAAAAUGAUUUGAUAAACCAAGUGGACGAAUUGAGCAGUGAAAAUAUGAUAUUACGUGAUGAAAGUCAUAGUCGAGAAAUGGUUUGUCAGAAAAUGUCGGAACAAAUUCAAAAAUUGGAAGAUGAUAAUCGACAAUUGAAACAGCGAAUUAGUGAAAAGGAAAAUGAACAAGAAGAGGUCAGUAAUUUGGGGAUUUUUCAAAGAACAUUUGGAUUCGACACAUGAAAAUGUCCAAAAAAGGAUUUUUCACGAAAUUAUUUUAUACAAACUAAACGUUGUCCAAAAAAUGGGUCGAAAAAAUCCAGCAGACUUAUUUUUCAAAACAAUGUUUCUAAAACUAAAAAAAAUAUUUUAUAAUAAUUUUUUCAAUGACAUUCCCUGUCGUCGGAAAACCACGUGGCAUUCCUAAAAUUUUAAACUUCGAAACUAAAAAAUUCACGUGGAACUUUUUCCGAAAUGAAAUUUUCUUACUCCAACGAAUCCACGUCUUUCAAAGCGAAAUUUUUAGCCCCUAAAGUUUCACGUCUUUUCAUUGUACAAAAGACUUUCUGAAUUUGCCACGUCAUAAGUAUGACGAUUCAGAAAUGAAAAAAACUAUAUGAUGUGAUCAAUUAAUUUUUCUAAUUACAGGAAGAUGUCCCAAUGGCAAUGAGAAAGCGCUUCACAAGAUCAGAAAUGCAACGAGUUUUAAUGGACAGAAAUGCAUACAAGGAAAAAUUAAUGGAACUCGAAGAAUCUGUGAAAUGGACCGAAAUGCAAAGAAUCAAGAAGUUGGCAAAAGAACAACAAAAUGUGAAUGCGAAAAAAUCUGGAGGAAUUUGGGAUUUGUGAGUUUUCAAUUGGAAAAAAUCCGGAAAAUUCUCUCGUUUUCAGCUUUUCUGGACUUUUCGGUGAAUCAAUCACACCUCCAACUUCAGCCAGAGGAACUAGAGGACAAACCAAAAAAUCGAUGACAAGAUCUGCUGAAUUCAUCGAUCCAGAUAUGUUAGUUCAAUAGAAAAAUUGGCGGGCAUAAUUAAUUUCGAAAGUUUCUAGGAAAAAUCAAUUUUUUUGAAAAAUUUUAUGACGUGAAAAAGUUCCGAAUUUUUUUUCCAUAUAUAAUCAAAAUAACGGGAAAAACUGAGAAAAUACCAUUUGAUAAAUCAGAUUUUUGAAAUUUCCCAAUUUUUGACGCAUGAAAUUUUAGGAUACAUCUGAUGAAAUGAAAAAGAAUCAAAAUAUCGAUUAUUGUGGAUAUGCUUUUGUACUUCCUUAAUCACAUAAUUAUCUAAUUAAUUAGUCAAUUAUCUAGUUUUCACGGGUUUCUAAAGCACUUGCACGAAUUAAAUUUUAAUAUUUCAAAACUUCCCUCAUCAAUCGCAUGUUUUAGUUUCACCCAAUUAUCGUCAACGCCUGUAUAAUUAAUUAUCUCUCAUAAUUUUCAUCCAAUUAUUGCUUUAUUUUUAGUUUUUUUUCUAUUGCACGGGUUAUUGUUUUUUCCGGCAUCCGGUGUGUGUUGUUUUUUAUUUUAUUGUCAAAUAGCAAAUCAUAAAAAUGUUUGAAUUUUACAAAAGAUACUUUGGUUUGAUUCACAAGGAAAAUGCUUAAAUUUUUAUCAAAGUUUAAAAAAAAACUAUGAAGCUCAACUUUUAAUAUGAGUAAUGACAUGGAAAAGUUGGAAAAUCGUGACAAUGGUGCAAAAAUGAAUGGAAAAAUUUUAUUGAAAAUUAUGGAAGCACUAUUUUCGAACUUUACUACGUCAUAACUAAUAUUUGGAAUUGAGAUAAGCAGUUUUUGACGAUGAGAUCAUGAUCAGCGAGUCAAAAACUACUGAAACCAUUUAAUUAAAAAUUUCGACUGCAAUCUAAAACAGUUUUCUUGUCAAGACUAUUAAAAUGUUCGGUUGUCACCUUUUCUUUUUUUCCGAAAAUCAAAAUUGUUUUUUAGGAUUUCGGAAAGACGUGCAGCCGAAAGACGUGAACAAUAUAAACUUGUUCGAGAGCACGUGAAAAAAGAGGAUGGUAGAGUUGAAGCCUAUGGUUGGUCACUUCCAAAUUUGGAUAAUGAGAAUAAUUCGGUACCGAUUCCUGUUUGUUGUCGACCACUUCUUGAUAAUGAACCAUCGUUGAAAGUUUGGUGUUCGACAGGAAUUAUUUUGAGAGGUGGAAAAGAUGAAAAAGGACAAUUUAUUAGUGGAGAAACUGUUUAUUUUUCGCCAUCAAUUAAAAAGGGAGGAAAAGCUGGAAAUGAAUUGGAGGACGAGAUUCAGGUUUGAAUUAUUUUGAGGGUUAGAAUAAUUAAUGAUAAAUUUUGAAUCAGCGUAAAAAUACAAUUGGGAAAAAUCUUAUUAUGAAAAAAAUGUCGAUAUUUUAAGAGAGCUCGAAACUUGGAUGAUCGAGAAAGAGAAUUGGAUGAAUGGCAAUCAUCUUCGCUAGUUUGGGUAGCAAGUUCGAAUUUGGGAAAAUCGCUUAUCGCCGUUUUUGAUGCCAAUAAUCCAAAUAUGAUUAUCGAAACUUUCACAGCUUGUGACAGUCAUUUAUUGUGUAUUCAAGCAGUUCCAGGUUAGUGAAACUUACAAUUAGAAAAACAACAAGAAACUCCGGAAGUUUCCUAAAAUAUAACAGAAACGUGCAGAUCAAUCACAAAUUGAUCGAAAUUCUGAGCAAACUAGAAACUUGAGAAAAGAGCCAAAAUAGUUUGGAAAUCGAAAAAAAUAGUACGAAAAUUUUCCUGAAACAAAUCGAAGACGACAGGAUUUUGAAAAAUAUUUAAACGUGGCAAUCCCUAAAUCCUCUAUUGAAACCGUAGGUUCUCUCAAGGAAGUUUUCAAAAACAUCUAGCUCUCAAAUUUUUGACCAGCAUUUCUUAAAUCUAAACUUUUUAGGUGUUCUCGAAGGCGACCCGGAAAUGAAUGACGAACAAUCAAAGAAAUUCGUAUCGGGUGGUGGAAAAAUCAAAGAUUUGCCUGAAGGACUGGAUGCGGCUGGAAUGGGUGCUUGUGAAUGGGUUGAACUUCGAAAAAUGGAUGAUUCGGAAGAUGGAACACCAACAUAUUGUUCGAAUGAUAUGAAACCGAGUCCGAAAAGGACUAGAGAUUGUGAGUUUUUUUCUUGAGGGAAAAAAAGGGGGGUGGGUGAAAUUUGAAGUAAAAGAGAAGAAGAAAAGGAAUACUCCGAAAAGACUGGAUUUGAGAAAUAGAAUGUGAAAUUUUGAGAAAAAAAUUAUAAUCACAUUCAGAAUUUUUAAAGGAAUUUCCGAAAUUCAACAAACAUGAGAGUUAUACUAAUUCGAAGUUUUUCUGGAAUCUUCAAAUAUUUAGAAGAAAUUUUACAUGUUAGUUUCUCUGAAACUGAAUUUUCAAAAAUUGAGAUUUAUUUACAAUUCUUAUGCCGAAAUUCAGUCAUUUCAAAAUUUAAAUCCAAACUAAAAUAAGAUGUUUAUCAAAUAUAUAUUUCGCUGAACAAUGUUCAAUCCCUUUUUCGGAGUAUACUUUAAAGUUGUUGUGUCUCUACCCUGUUCCCUCUUCUCUUGUUUUUUCUCUCUCAAAGAUCCUAUCCUUUUUAGUUAGCAUCAGCGAAGUCGCCGCCGUCGAUCCGAAAGCAGUCAAAGGUACGUUUCAUAAAAACAAACAUCAAUCUCAGAAAAUCAAAAUCGCUAUUAUCUUUAGCUAAAACUAAAUUAAGUCGAGUGACCGAAGAAGGAUCAGUUAUUCCACUCGAAAAAUUGAAAAAUGAGAAAAAAGGUGAUAAAAUUGGUGUCGUCGUAACUCCCACUUUUUCAGUUAAAUUUUUUUGCACAUUUUGAGCUGGUAAAAUGGUGGUGGUGAUAUUUAUUUAGCUUAUAUGUGUUUUAUUUUUCUUUAGUUAUGAAUCAAUAUUUUGAGAAAAUGAAAAAUCAAUAAUUGAAAUGUUUUUAGAUGAAGUUGCUCCACCUCCAAAUCCAAAUCGUCCAGCUGGAAGAGCUGCUCUUCCGCCACAUAUUAGAGAUGCUAUGAGUAAAUAUGAUGGUGUUUCUGGACAAAUGAGUAGCGCUUUGCCGACUGUUUGGAUGGGUGGACAAAAUCAAUAGUGAGUUUCGAAAUUUCUCGAAAAAGAGGAAAUUAAUUCUAGAGACGUUAAAUCAAAAGUUAAACGAAAUUAUUUUCAGUUAAAAUAUUUUUUACAUGUCUAAUAUAGUUAUUAAUUUAAAUAUAAUUGUAGGAAUUUGAGAUGAACAAAAGUUUUACGACUGGUGCUGAAAUUCGAAAUUUGUAGACUGAAAAAUUCUCCGAACUUUCUAGUAUAAAAAUUAGGAAUUUUCCGGAUUCUAUACUUCCAACACAGUCAUGUCCCCUAACCUCAAAAAAGAUCAAAAAUCAAUUAUUUUCAGUAUUUAUAUUCACUCUGCUGUCACUGCUUGGAAACAAUGUUUGAGAAGAAUCAAAAUGCCUGAUGCUGUUUUAAGUAUUGUGUAAGUUAGAACAACUUUUACCAAAAUGUGAUAUCCUAAAUCGCUCUAAAUUUUGCAGACAUUACAAAGGUCGCCUAUUCGCUGCUCUUGCCAAUGGCACAAUUGCUAUAUUUCAUAGAAAUAAACAUGGGGAAUGGUCGGAUGAAGGAUAUCAUUCACUUCGAGUUGGAAGUGCCACGUCAUCAGUUCGAUCACUUUGUCUAGUUUCGUCAAACAUUUGGGCGACAUAUAAAAACUGCGUGGUUGUGAUCGAUGCCGAAAGUUUGCAAAUUGUGGUGAGUUUUUAAAAAGGGCUAAAAUGUGGCUAAAGAAUGACUAGAAUUGGCACUUAACAGUCAAGAGAAAAUUCACUCUAGCAGAAAAAGAAAAUGCGCUCUAGCGAUGAACUAGAAAAUGUGCUCUAGCGAAAAAACGGAAAUGUCUGAUCUAGACAACGAUCGACUUUUAUCGCAGAGAAACGUGACCUGAGUUUCAGACGAAAAAUAAACUUUUGGAUGAACUUACAGAUUAUCAAAGCUCCUCCCACAGCUCUAUGUGAUAAAUUUUGAUCGGACACUUUUUUUCGAAAAAAACUUAGUUUUGGUUCAAAAACCUAUAAGUGAAAGAAAGUGGAAAUGGAGAUACUUCAGAUAUAUCGGAAAUUUUUGAAUUUUCAAAUUGCACAAACUAAUUUUACAGAAAGUCUUCUCUGCACACCCUCGAAAAGACAGCCAAAUCAGAAAUAUGCAAUGGGUUGGAGCUGGAGUUUGGCUCUCAAUUCGACUAGAUUCAACACUUCGACUUUAUCACGCACACACUUUCGAACAUCUUCAAGAUGUUGAUAUUGAACCAUACGUCACUAAAAUGCUGGGAACUUCGAAACUUGAUUUUUCGUAUAUGAGAACUACGGCCUUAUUAGUUUCCAAUCGAAGAUUAUGGAUUGGAACUGGAACUGGUGUUGUUAUUUCUGUGCCAUUUACUGAUAGUAAGUUUUACGACUUUGCUAGAAAAAAUAAAAAUAACUUGAUUUUAGAAUUAGAGACGAAAGUGGAUACAAAAGAUGCAAAAGGUCCUGGAGGACUUGUUCGAGUUUAUGGAACACCGAAAACAAGUUCGGAGAAGAGUGAGGCAUUUGUGCCGUAUUGUAAUUUGGCACAUGCUCAAUUAUCAUUCCAUGGACACAAAGAUAGUGUCAAAUUUUUCCUUGGCGUACCAGGUGCCACUAAAAAUGGAGAUGAUGAAUCGGCUGAAGUCACAUUGAGAAGAAUGUUGAUCAUUUCGGGAGGAGAUGGUUAUAUUGAUUUCAGGAUAGGUUAGCUUUUUGGGGAUAUUUUCUGGAAAUCAAUGUUAGGAAGAUAGCUUAUCGUAAAGAAAUACUUGAGUUGAAAAUGGCCAACAGUUUUCAAUCACAAAUCACCGUAAAAAACAUUGGGAAGGACCUAAAGAAAUUAACUAACAUAAAUAUAUCAAAAUUAAGAAACUAAAAUAAGUUUAACGACCAACUUAAAUUUAAAUCUUGAAGAAAUUUUCCGAUUUAAAAAAUCCGGGAGUUUUUCGGUAGAGACCUUUUGAAAUUUUUCGAAUUGUGUUUUUUCACUGGAAAUUACUUGAAAUUGUUCAAUCAGUGUGUUAAACUAUAAUCUGCUAUAUUUUUCAAUCGAAAAAACCGAAUGAACUUUUUGCAGGAGAAGAAAAUGAACCGGAAUCAAAAGGACAAACAAUUCGACCGCGAGAUAUGUCACAUUUGAUUAUUUGGGAAAUCGAUGCCGAACUACCAAUUCUUUCCAAAUAA